AUGGCGGACUUUGCGCUUGGGUUAGCCAAGACGGCGGUGGAGGGAACCCUCAGCAAGGUCCAAUCCGCGAUCGAUGAAGAGACCACGCUGAAGGCGGCGGCUCAGCAAGACCUGGUGUUCAUCACUGGGGAAUUCCAGAUGAUGCAGUCUUUCUUGAAAGUUGCUAGCAAGGAGCGUGCUGGGAAUGAAGUAGUGAAAACAUGGGUGCGGCAGCUCCGUGACCUGGCCUUCGAUGUCGAAGACUGUGUCGAGUUCAUUAUCCACCUGGAUAACGACUCGACCUGGAAAUGGGUGUGGCGCAUGGUGCCCUCCUGCAUGGCACCACCUCGGACUCGGGACCUCGACGGCGCCGUCGUUGAGUUGAAGCAGCUCAAGGCGAGGGUCGAGGAGGUGAGCCAGAGGAACACUCGCUACAACCUCAUAAGCGACUUCGGCUCCAUUCCAGUCUCACAGUCACCGGCGGUGCAGCUGGGCACCACCGGCCCAUCAACAAUGGACAUCCUGACGGAGCUAUGGGAGGCCAAUGGGAAGUACCACGGUUUUUGCAACCUCCAAAAGUUGAUAACCAAGGAGGGCAAUGACCUUCAAGUAAUCUCUUUGUGGGGAAGGGCAGGAUCUGAUAUCGAGGGGACGCAGAUCAUCAAUAAGGCUUACUGUGACCCUGAAAUCUGCCACAUAUUCAAAAGCCGUGCCUGGGUAAAGCUGAUGCAUCCAUUUAGCCCUGACGAGUUCCUCAAGAACUUGCAGACUCGGUUACAAGCCUGCUCUCGGUCUUGCCAAACUGUCGAUUUCAAGGGCAAAAAUUCAGCAGAUGAUCCGAUGAAGCAAUUGACUGAGCAGAGAUAUCUGGUCAUCCUUGAAGGAAUACCUAGUGUUGCAGAUUGGGAAAUCAUCAGAAUGUACCUGCCAGACAAUAACAAUGGCAGCCGGAUCGUUGUGUCCACUAAGAAGAUAGGGGAUGCCAUUUUUCUCACGGGUGAGCCAUACCGAGUAUCAGUGCUCCGAGAGUUCACAGGUGGUCAUUAUCUUUUUGCAUUUUAUAAGAAGGGUUCAGGGCGUCGAAAUGUUAUGGGCGACCUUAUUCGCAUAUCAAGAUGUGCUGGUGUCGUCUCUGUUUGGGGGACUGGUGAUAACAAAUCAACUCUCGUCAAAAAAAUUCGGGAUGACUACCGUAACAGAGAAUGUAUAAUUGACGGAUGGGUCGAUGUGGCACAUCCAUUCAUUUUGAAGGACUUCUACAAGAGCUUGUUGCAGUCGAUCCAUACGGAUGGUAUUGAAUCUGCCCAUGGAUAUCCUCAAGAUAUAAGUGAUUCCCCGAAGGAUUGGCAGGCAAUUAAAAGUGCAUUUGCAUUGGGUAUUGAAAGUUAUAUAAUUGUCAUAACGAACGAUGAAAGCGUGGCCACAAGUUGUGUAGACCAUGAAUAUCGUGCCCUUCAUCCAUCCAUGCAACAGGCUUCUGACUACAAUGGAUAUGGAGAUUACGAGAAGGUUUCUCGGAAUAUCUUUCUGUCCAACAGGGCGAAAUAUAAUAUAAUGAGCCCGAUGUCUCAAAACAAGGUGUCUGCUAAGAUCGUAGAUAGUACUGGGGUCACCUCGCGUAAUCUUAAAGGCAUGGAAGCUGCAGCAAUUGGUAUUAUGGAUGGUGAGGACCCAAUUCAAGGAUGCCGUGAAAUCAUGCGUCAAGACGGCUAUAUCGUCAUUAUUGACGCCUACUACGGAGGCCAAAAUAGUAGUCAUCACAGCUGA